AUGAGGCUCCGCCUGGCCAUCCUGGCCCUGGCCGCGCUGGGCGCCGCCGCUGGCGGGCCGGGCGCGGCCCCGGAGGCGGCCGCAGACCUGGACGCGGCCCCGGCGGAGGCGGCGCAGGCGGGGCAGUUCUCCACGCCGGAGCAGCACCGGUGCAGCUGGCAGCUGCGCUCGGCGGCGGGGGCCAGCGAGCUGCGGCUGAGCUGCCGGCCGCCGGCGGGCCGCGGGGCGGCGCGGCGCUGCGUCUACCGCGGGGAGCCGCGGCGCUGCGCCGCCUACGGCGCCCGCAGCCGCCAGUACUGGCGGCAGAUCCUGGGCAAGCUGCGGCGGCGGCGGCACCCCUGCGCCGCGGGCGGCCCGCUCAGCGCCCGCCUCUGCGGCCAGGGCCGGGCGCCGCCCGAGGCGCAGCUCCGCCUGAUGCCCGCGCCCACCCCCACGCCGCCGGGCCCGGGCACCGCGGAGCCCCCCGAGGACCUGGCGGAGACCUACUGCGCCGAGCGGUGGCACUCGCUCUGCAGCUUCCUCGUCGGCUUCUGGCAGGGCUGAGCCGCCGCCGCGGCCGGGGGUGGGGGUCUCGCCCGUCCCCGGGCCGCAGCCGGAGGCUCGCCGGGACCUCGAGGGAGGCAGAGGCCCGGGCCCUGCCAGUGCCGGCUCCUGCGUCGGUGCUGAGGACCUCCGUUUCCGUUAAUGCCCGUUA